AUGGUUUGUUCACGUGAAGGUUUUAAGGAAACCAAAAACACAGGGCCGUCUGUAAGUGAUGCACCAACAAAGGCCAGACGCCGCCGGCCAUCAACCAGAGUUGGGUGCAUGGCUAGGAUUGUAUUCAAAAGAGACAGUGCGGGAAUGUAUGUUGUGAUGACAUUCGAAGAGGAACACACGCACUGUUUGUACGAGGAGAGUUACAAGCCUUUCUUGAAAGUGAAUAGGAAACUAGAUGUUGGUCAUCAACAAUUCAUAACAAAUUGCUCUAAGGUUAAUGUUGGUGCCAGUAAGAGCUUUGACAUAUAUGCAGAGAUGGUUGGUGGAGUUGAGAACGUGGGUUGUACAGUCUCGUGUGUCCCAUUCACCGGCGUAGACAACCACAAAAAAUGCAUGACAUUUGCAGCAGCACUAAUUGCUAGGGAAGAUGUGGACUUGUACUGUUGGGCACUGAGGAACUUCAAGAGCGCAAUGGGCAGCACACCGCGUAUUACAGUAACAGAUCAAGACCCGGCAAUGAAGGUAGCAAUUGCAAAGGAAUUCCCGGAGACCCGGCACCGUUAUUGCAUGUGGCACAUAAUGACAAAAGUGAGUGAUAAAGUGAGCCCUGAGAUGGCGCGGAAUGAAGAGUUCCGUCGGGAGCUAAAUGGUGUAGUGUGGAAUGACAGCGCGACUUCCGAAAAUUUUGAGGUCGCGUGGAAAGGAGUUAUUGAAAAAUACGGAUUACAAGAAAACGCAUGGCUGAAACGUAUGUAUGAUGAGCAUGCAACAUGGGUGCCUGCGUGUUUUGAAGACGUGUUUAUGGGCGGACUACUUCGUACAACAUCCCGGUCUGAAGCAGAAAAUAGAAUUUUCCGAACCAACACAAACAAACACAUGUGUCUUUCAGAAUUUUUCAUCCGAUGUUUAGGUCUCGCUCAAGGAGAUAGUUCGAAGUUGGAGCCGAUUCGAAAAACACUAGAGGAGUUCGAAGCAACAUGGUGCGAGAGCGGGGUAGAACGAGGGGGUACAGAUAAAGGCAAACGAGUGAUUAUGGAGUCAUACUGCGGCGCCCCACAACCUAAGGCAGUCAAUGUGCACCCACCACCCGUUUCAAGCAACAAAGGGUCGGGAAAACGAAUAAGGACUGCUAAAGAGAUAGCAAUGAAGGAGCAAAGUAAGAAGAAACGAACAUGCAAGACCUGUGGACUAGCAACCGGCCACAACAGUAGGAGUUGCCCACAAAAAUAA